CAGAGACAGCGUAAGGUGGCCCUACUAGUUCAGCAUUCAUUCUCCAUAGUCACACGUGAUCCCUUGUAGUUACAGGCGGUUUGGUACCUCAGAAAGCAGGGACUAUGGAGCUGAAGGUGCGGUUGUGCAUGCUGCUGCUUGCGCUGGGCCUUUGUGCGACUUUGUUCGCCACAGCUCACGAGGAGGAGGACGUGGAUGCGGACGUCGAAGAUGACACGGCUGGCCUUAGCGACGACGAGCUGCUGGAUGAAGAGCCCGAGGAGGAGGAGCAGCCGGCCCCUGCCAUGCCCUCUGUGCCCACUGUGACGUAUAAGGCCCCUGAGCCUAAGGGGGAGCACUACUUUGCUGAGUCCUUUGACAGAGGAACUCUGGAUGGAUGGGUUCUGUCCCAGGCCAAGAAGGACGGCAUCGAUGAGGAAAUCGCGAAGUAUGACGGGAAAUGGGAGGUUGAGGAGAUGAAAGACACUAAGUUACCUGGUGAUAAAGGCCUUGUGCUGAAGUCCCGUGCCAAGCAUUAUGCCAUCUCUGGACUUCUUCUGCGACCCUUCACCUUCGACACAAAACCUCUCAUUGUCCAGUACGAGGUGAACUUCCAGACUGGAAUCGACUGUGGUGGUGCUUACGUCAAGCUGCUCUCCCAAAGCCCCGACCUCAAUUUGGACCAGUUUGUGGAUAAGACCCCAUACACCAUCAUGUUCGGGCCAGACAAGUGCGGUGAGGACUACAAGCUGCACUUCAUCUUCCGUCACAGGAACCCGAAAACGGGCGAGUACGAGGAGAAGCACGCCAAGAAGCCCGAAACGGACCUCCGCACCUACUACACAGACAAGAAGACUCACCUCUACACCCUGGUGCUCAACCCUGACAACAGCUUCGAGGUCCUGAUUGACCGCACGGUGGUGAACAGCGGGAACUUGCUGGCAGACAUGACCCCUUCAGUUAACCCCCCGGCCGAGAUUGAGGACCCCGACGACCACAAGCCUGAGGACUGGGAUGAAAGGCCCAAGAUCCAGGAUCCAGACGCAGUCAAGCCUGAGGACUGGGACGAGGAUGCCCCUGCUAAGAUCCCUGAUGAUCACGCUGUGAAGCCCGAAGGCUGGCUGGACGACGAGCCCGAGUACAUCGGCGACCCUGAUGCCAUCAAACCAGAGGACUGGGAUGAGGAUAUGGAUGGUGAGUGGGAAGCACCCCAGGUCCCUAACCCAGCCUGUGAGUCUGCCCCUGGCUGCGGAAAAUGGGAGAGACCUAUGAUUGAUAACCCCAGCUACAAGGGCAAGUGGAAGCCCCCCAUGAUUGACAACCCUAACUAUCAGGGAGUGUGGAAGCCCAGGAAGAUCCCCAACCCUGACUUCUUCGAGGACCUGCACCCAUUCCGCAUGACAGCAGUUAGCGCCCUGGGCCUGGAGCUCUGGUCCAUGUCCUCGGACAUCUUCUUCGACAACUUCUUCAUCACAUCUGACCGAAACGCAGCCGACCACUGGGCCGAGGACGGCUGGGGUCUGAAGAAAGCCGCCGAGGGAGCCGCUGAGCCGGGUCUGGUGAGCCAGAUGAUCUCGGCAGCUGAGGACCGCCCGUGGCUCUGGGUGGUCUACGUCCUGACCGUGGCUCUUCCGCUGGUCCUCGUCAUCGUCUUCUGUUGCACCGGAAAGAAGAAGGAGGGCCCGUCUGCCGCCGAGUACAAGAAAACAGAUGAGCCACAGCCGGACGUGAAGGACGAUGCCGAGGACGAGAAAGCUGAGGAAGAGGAGGCCAAUGAUGAAGAGUCGGACGAGAAGAAGGACGAUGCUGAGGACAGCCCCGCCGAAAUGGCCACAAAAGAGGAAGAGGAAGCAGACAAACAGGAAGAAGCUGAAGACAAAUCGGAUGAGAAACAAGAUGAUGAAGUUCUGAGAAGGUCCCCUAGAAGCAAAGCGAGAGCUAGAAAAGACUGAUGGGAACUUUUUUUUGGCUUCCUGGAGCUGUCCAGCUGCAGUCCCUCUCCUCUGUGUCCCAUGUCCCACCCUGUCCCCUUCCUUUGUUGGACCUCCACCCUCACACACCUUUGGUCCCUCUUUCCCCUGGUCUUCUGCCUCCUCAUCCUCACUAAGUGACGCCAGACUGGGUGAAACGAAGACAGCCUAUGACACGUUUGAAUGAAAAAGAAGAAAACGAAAAAGUCCAAAUCGGCGCUUCAGGCCGGGCUGAGGAGGACGACGAUGAAGAUUGCAAUGUCAUAUAGAGUAGAAACAGUUUUUGCUUAACAAGGAAGGAAAGAAACUUUACCAUUCCUCAACUGUGCUGAUGCUAAUGUAAAAAUAAUGAAAUCCCCUUACUCCUCCUUCCAACUCUUGAAACACACAUCUGCCAGACCCCAGCCGGCUUCUCACAAUUGUGGACAGUAGUCGUAAACCAUCAGGAGUGGCAACACUGCAGGCCUCCGCUUCAUGGUAGGAUUCGGAAGCAGACAGAUUCGCACAUCUGUGCAUGAGAGUAGGCAAGUAGCAGAGUUGUGAGCUACACUGACUCCCUUCUGCACAUUCACAAGAAAGAUGCACAUGUAGUCACUUCUAUACUCUUGAAAUGUGUGCAGCUAGGUUCCGUUAACCUAGGCUAUGAGAAAUGUUCCUCAAAGAGAUUGGGUCCCAUUAUGUCCAUUCCGAAUUCUUCUGUUCCUUUUUUUUUUUUCCUUUUAAAUUCAUUACAUAGUAAGAAAAGACUGGGAAGGACCCCAUAAGAUCUCAGUUGCACCAAGAUCUGUGCUUAAACACUGAUUAGUCUGUAGGGUCUAGCAUGCUGCCUUAUUAGUAGGACAAGGCAGAGUGAUUUUUGUGAAUGUACAGUGUUUUGUUUUGGGUUAUCCCCCCCCCACCCCCACCGCCUGCCCUUCCCUUUGUUGUUACUAAUGUAUGUGGUUUCGUUUUGAUUUUUUUUUUUCACUACUGAUCUUUCUUUUCACUUAAUCAUAGUUUUUCACAGUUUUUGAUUGUUUUCUGAUUAACUUGGAGCAGGGGGCAAACACGUUAGGAUACCUUGAGAUGUUUAGUUAGUGAAUAAAAGAACCACUCAGAGUAUUUCUGUGCUGUUGCCCAGGAUAAGACAGCCAGGCAGUACAGCUUGCAUCCCUGCCUGUGGUGACCCAGUAUAUAAGUAUAUUUCUGCCCAGCCUCUGCUCUUUUUCCAUUGGUGCACUGAGUCAGUCAACUGAUGCUCCAUUGGUGAAUGACUCAGCUCCUCUCACAUUUCCUGUGACAUAACAUCCUGUCUGAGCAUCAGUAGCAGUACCAGCUUUUUCUUAUUAUAACACUUCCACUUAUUACAUGCUUUAGAGGACAUGUUUUUGGCAGUGUUGCAUAAUGUUUGAAGAUUUUCAAUGUUGUUUUAUUGCUGUCAUUCAAGCUCAAUACAUGAGUGCUGUCAGCCAUUCCUUCAAACAUUUCAGAAACGCUCUUCCCUUUGGUAUUUUCACCCAGAGACACUAAUGGAACUGAACCCCCAAUCAGAAGACCUAGCUGUAGUAAAUCAUGACCUGCUGCACUGCUCCAGUCCGGAUGUUACUUGAUUUUCAGGCUUCGUGGCUAACCGACCCCCACUGUCCGUGCUCCAUCCGAUGCAGUGAGGGAGGUGCUGUAAUGUGAGCUCUGCCCUAAAGCUUAAAAAGAGUUGCCAUUUUCCAGGGUAAUCGACUCGAACAUGCAAAUUCCCACAUGCAUGCCAACGUGUACGUCACUGCUACUGUGCUAACAGCUUGCUCUCUCUGACUAACAACUGCAAUUGCAAGUCCUCCUACUGCACUUGAGCUUUGCUCCAUUAGUUUAACAGUUUUUUUUUGUUUGUUUUUUGUUUGUUUUGUUUUGUUUUUUCUUCUUUCUUUUACCGUCUUUCAUCCAUUGGAUUGAAAGUGAAUAGCCUGGAUCAAGUUGUGUAUAAUAAUGAUGGGAUACCAUUCUUGGUAGAGUAGUCAGUUUGAGAAUAUUGAUAUGAUCAUCAAGUCUGAGUUUGUAUAUUUAAGGGAAUGGGUGGGAUGGGAGGGCCAAAUCCAUCAUGUUACUCACACAAUUAAAAUAAACAGGUUUGAUGAGAGAGUCUUUUCAUUCUGUCUGAUGUGUGCUCUUUUGUUGAAUUUUCUUGAAUACCAUGUUAAAACUGUGUUAAUGUAGGCAGCUAAGCUCAAUCUUUAAUGUACGCCAGGGGUGAAAAGUGCCCACAGUGUUUGGGAAUAACUGUUGUUUUCGGGGGCAGGCGUGUGUUCUGUAUUAGGACAUUUUGAUCUGUUUGUUUUGUCUCACUGCUUGGAAGCAUGAGACUGUUCUUUGUUAUUGGCUGCAGAUUUAUUGCCCCUACCCCUCAUAAAGGCUAGUCCUUAGGGUGUGUGCUGAAUGAAGAAGGUGCUGAUAAGAUGAGGUGAGAGUUAAGUCAUUUAGCAAGAGUUUCUUGAAGAUACGCUUGUGUUCCUGUGCAUUUCCACGAAACAUCUUAUUUCAGUAAUAGCAACUGUAACUUACUUUAUUAUUUUCUAGAUCACAAUCCCAGAGUGUAGACAGCAGACUGUGUCAAUACUAUUGUGUAAGACAUGAAGAAAAUCAGCUGUCACUUUUAUUUUGUCAAAAUGCCUGUAAUUUAGUAGAAAUUAACUAGCAAACAUUUCAAUUCUGUCGUCACUAGAAAACAGUGUUUGGACAGAGGUGACGAAUGCCCCCCACCCAUGUAGGCUACCUAAAACAUCUCUGAAUGCAUAUGCUAAUUGUUUUGAUGAAUGGAAAUAAAUGAUCUUAUGCAAA